UUUGUCUCAAGCUUGCCUGCCUGCUUGCCAAUUCAAUAUUUUUUAUUUUAUUUUUAACUACUUUUUAGCUCACAUACCAAAAAUUCAACAUAAAUCUUCACAAUGAUCCAAAUGAAAAGUCGCCUCAAUGUCAUUGACAACUCGGGAGCCAUUGUGGCUGAGUGCAUCAAGGUGCUGAAGAACGCAAAGUGGGCCGAGGUCGGUGACGAGAUUGUCGUUUCGGUGAAGAAGGCGCGGCCAAUUUCAGACAAGACAUCAGCGAGCCAGUCGGCCGCCAAGAUUCGCAAGGGAGAUGUCAGACGGGCAGUUAUUGUGCGCACAAAAAAGGAGAUCCGCCGUCCCGAUGGCCGCUACGUCCGCUUCGACGAUAACGCGUGUGUGCUCCUGAACAACCAGCAGCAGCCGCUGGGCAGCCGCAUCCUGGGUCUGGUCUCGGCAGAGCUGCGGUUCAAGAACUGGGUCAAGGUUGUGUCGCUGGCUCCCCGCGUUGUAUAGACUUGAUACGCCAUAUGUGCCAAACACAAAAUAUUUCUAGAGAAAAAUAUAUA